AUGACUGUCCCGUCACCAUACGACGGUAACCCACAACCACAGUUUGAUUUUGAAGAAGAGUAUGAUGAACUGAAUGCUCAACUGGAUGCAUUGUCAAAGUGCUUAGAUAUAUUGGAAGCAAAAGAAGUCAAAACUAUGAAACAUCAUCUUGAAUUAUUUUCAACAUACACUUACCACAUAAAUAUUCUAUGUAUUUUUUUUCUUCAUUCAUAA